GUAUAAAUCAUACAACUGGUCUGGAGUAAUUAUUUAUUCGAACUUAUUCGCGAGUGCAAUGGCUAUUGAGGGGCUUAAGUGCAAUGUACUCGACAUCUUCCAAAGUGACAUCUUCCAAAACAACAUUAAGGAUGAAUGGAUAUCGUCGUGUCGAGAGUUUCGGUUACGUGUCGACGCCAGAAUCGAGCAGAAGCAUCUCUAUGAAAAGGAUUGUAGUAAAAAGAAAUUUGUCUAUACGGACAAAAUAUCAGAGUUGCAACAGGAAAUUAGCACAGCAAAAUCUGACAUAGACUCUGUCAUAUUGCAACAAAAAAUAACAGAUAAGAAGAUAUCAAAUAUGAUAAAGUUACAGGAGGAUGUGAAGGAUGAGCUGGAAAAGGCAAAAGCACGAAGAGAAGCCUUGUUGUUGGAAAUGGUAGAUAUACAGCAGGAAGUAGAAGAAAGAAAGAAAAAGAAAAUCUCACAAUGGGAUGCCAUUAAACGUGCAUGUCUCAAAUACAAAGUACAUUUGGAUAUACAUAUGAAUCUUCAAGAGGAUAAGAAUUGUCAGUUCAUAAAAAUAUCCUUUUUCACAAAUAAUGAAGAUGCAAAGAAUAAAUACUUUGUUCAAUUAUCAUACAGUGAUAACCACUGGACAGUCGAACAAAUUGAACCGAGAAUAAAGAAAGAGCAUUUCAACAAACUAAGCAUUAGAAAGGAUUCUUCUGAACAUUCCAGAAUCUCGGAUAUCACUUUGUUUCUUUAUCAAGUACGAAGUAUAUUUUUAAAGCAUUACAUGAAAACAUAG